CCUUCCCCUUUUUCUCUGUUUUCUCUUACUCCCUUUCUUUCUUCUUCUUCUUUUCUUCUUCUUCUUCCUCUUCUUCUUCUUCUUCACCAGAGAAGUAAUGAGUAAGGAUCUUAAUUUUUACAGACAGGUUAAUCUUUUCCUCAAUUUUAUUUCUAGUUGUUGUGUUUCUUUAAUUUUGAAUUUUUAAAGAAACCCACCCCCCGCCCCCCUUUUUUAUUUCUUUUUAGUGUGGUUUUUGAGAGAUAGUGCCCAUGGAUUUAGCCCCAGCUCCCAUCACUACUAGUAGUAAUAACACUAAAUCCCCCGACCCUGACUCCGAUACUCCGACUAAGAUCCCACCGUCUUUCACCAACGGCGUUCUCAAGCGCCACCACCACAAUCACCAUCACCACCAUCGCCCACCCUCCUCCACGGUUGUUGUUUCUUACAAAGAAUGUCUCAAAAAUCAUGCCGCCACUUUAGGAGCUCACGCCUUGGAUGGAUGUGGCGAAUUUAUGCCUUCCCCUUCCGCUACACCCUCCGAUCCCACUUCCCUUAGAUGCGCCGCUUGUGGCUGUCACCGCAAUUUCCACCGCCGCGAUCCUGAAGAUCCAAUUUCAACUUUAGCUAUCAAUACAGCCCCAACUCAUGUUAUUGAGUAUCAACCUCACCACCGUCACCACCCACCCCCACCGCCACUCGCCGGUAACCGAAGCCCCAAUUCCGCAUCUCCUCCCCCAAUCUCGUCUUCCUAUUACCCAUCUGCGCCACAUAUGUUAUUAGCGCUUUCCGCUGGCUUGUCGGGUCGUCCUCCGGAAAAUCACACUCAGGGGAAUAAUUCGGUGCCGACGGUGAGUCCGAACACCCGGAAACGGUUUCGGACGAAAUUUAGUAACGAACAGAAGGAGAAAAUGCUGGAUUUCGCCGAACGGGUGGGAUGGAAAAUGCAGAAACGAGAUGAAGAUUUGGUUCGAGAUUUUUGUAAUCAAGUUGGAGUUGAAAGAGGGGUUCUUAAAGUUUGGAUGCAUAACAACAAGAACACCAUGGGAAAAAAGCCUGAUUCCAAUGGCGACGCAACCGCCACCGCCAUUGCCACCGUCGCCGCCGCCAUCGCCACCGUCAACAAUCAUGAAGAUGAACCAGAUGGAGGCUUACAUAUGCAUAUUGGCUCAAAUGGGUCAUCUUCUUCUUCUUGAUCUGCUCUUCUCCCAAGUAAUUAAUUAAUAAAAACUCCAUCAUCAUCAUCCCCUGAUACGGAAAUCCAAGCUAGGUAGCUCUAGUUUUUCUCUCUUUUUUUUUUCUUUUCUUUUUCUUUUCUUUUUUUAAUUUUUUAGUUUAGUGUUGAAUUUAAUGAAUUAAGAGGUGACUACUGAGAUGAAAUUAUUAAUUAAGAACAGAGAGAGGAGUAAAAAAAAACAUUAAUCAAUCAUUAAUCCUUAUUAAUUACUUUAUUUUCCUCCUUAAUCUAUCUAUUAAUCCACUCUAAACUAUGAAAUUAAUGAAUCUAACAUCUAAUCACAAACACCAAAAGAUUUUCUUUUCCCUCUUAUCUUCUGUCUCGAAGAAAGCAGCAAAAAGUAGAAUAUUGCCUAAAACAUUAGAUUUUAUGCACAUUUAUCAAAGAUUAUGUAUUACAUUAAUGUAUAAUUAUAAUAAUUAAGUAAGGAGGGUUUUGUA